AUGGAUGCCUCAAAUUCGCCCGAUAAAGACAACGUGCUCUCCUCGGACGGAGGUGCAUCGGACACGUCAAGCAAGGAGCAGAAGGCGGAUGCAUCUAAAGGUUCUUCCAAUUUGGCCAAGCUGGAACCAGUGGGCGAAUCGGACAACCUCGCUUCAUCAGACGCCUUAUUCAUAGGAGACACGGAUUCUGCUACUAUGGGAACGGACGACGACAAGGCAAACAAGUAUAGAAUGUUUCUGCAAAAUUCUAGUGACCAGUACACAGUUCAACAGAUGGAAAGAUUUCUAAAGUAA